AUAGACAAGGAGUAUGAGCCGAGCUCAUCAAAUUCUUUGGUAAACGUCAUAUAAUGAUGUUAGUAUAUUAAAGAACCUUGGUAUUUGCCAAUUGGAAUACGAGAAGUACCCUAUGAGUAGUUGCUGGUGUCAGGUAUUUAGCAUUUAACAAAAAUUUCCUGUUUCUUUUUGAGUAAUAAGAUAAAAAUAUGACCUUUUUCAAUGGUGAAAUCGAUUUUUCUGAUAGUUCAGUUAUGUUAGAUUGUAUAAAAUUUUAUGCGAAAUCUGAGGAGUUAUGUCUGAAUUCAGAGGAUUUUCGUGCCUUAACAAUGUCUGUUAUGACAGACAGUGAAGGUGGAUCAUACCAUGUAUCAGCAGAAAUGUAUGCCGAUUUUUUUUUAACAUUUGAUUCCAAUAAAGACGGAAAAAUCGACGUAAAAGAAUUUGAAACUGUGUGGUACAAAUGGAUAAAACCAUUACUGAAUCCGGUAUCAGCGUUGUUGAUCAUAGAUGUUCAAAACGAUUUCAUUGAUGGUGCACUUGCGCUAAAAAAUUGUCCAGCUAAGCAGGACAGCGUAGAUGUGGUUCCUAUAAUUAAUGAUUUAUUAGAAAGUGUUAAAUUUGAUCUUGUAGUUUAUUCCUUGGACUGUCAUCCGGAGAAACAUAUAUCAUUCUUUGAAUGUCUGAAUUACGAUAAGUUAAGCGAAGCAUACAAAACGAAAGAAUUUUCUCUUUAUGAUACAGUAGUAUUUGAAAAACCAUCAAAAAUGGAACAAAAAUUAUGGCCGCGGCAUUGCGUGAAAGGCACAUGGGGAGCGCAACUUCAUUCAGAUUUAAAGAUUGCGCCAGAUUCCUGCUUUAUUUAUAAAGGCGUGAAUCCUGAUGUAGAUAGCUAUUCAGCUUUUCAAGAUAAUAUGAAGUUUAAUCAGACUGCAUUAGAUAGUGAGCUUAAAAAGAUAGGCGUCACACAUGUUUUCAUUUGCGGUGUUGCUCUAGAUUAUUGUGUUGCUUUCACAGCGUUUGAUGCAUUAGAAUAUGGAUACGCUACUGUAGUGAUAGAAGAUGCAUCACGUGGAACAAAUAAUGAUGUUAUGCAGAAAAUGAAACAGAAACUAGAAUCUAAAUUAUGUGUACUAACGAAAGUUAAUGAAGUAGAUGAUUUUGUGAAAGGAAAAAACAUCAGACCUGAAUUCGGUUGUAUUUUCCGAAAUAAUAUUAAAUAAUAAUUUAAAAAAACUGAAGAUUAAACUAUUGUGAUAAAUAUGUACAUAGAAAACUACAAUAUGGAUUUAAAAUUUAGAGAAGCUUUCUUCUGUUGUUGUGGAGCAAUUUUUUCCCGAAUAUUCUUUUGAGAUUUUGAAGUCAAGAAAUGUCUGUCUGUGUGAUAAUCAGUCAAUACUUAAAUAACAACCUGCCGUAGUUGUACAGAUGGAAAGUAUUAUUAAUAUAACAUUCCAUACAUUACAGUUUAUCAAGUAGGUGUUCAGAAUUUAAUGUUAUCUAUCAGACUGUAAUGAAAACUGCAUUUUAAUAGAAGACCUGCCAGUUGGUAUCUACUUUCUUUCUCAAAAUAUGCUGCCUUAAUUGGAUCAAUGAGAAAAAAGAACUGUAAAUCACAGUGCAGGUAGAAGCUGGGCCAGCACCUCUGAAGUACCAUAGGUGAUUGAGGUAAUGCUGAAACCUAGUUAACUGUUAAGCUUUGUAACCAAAUUUUGAGGAAGAACACCCUGAGGGGAGACAGUCCAAAGAUCUUUCAUCCCCCUGCCCUCGCCACCAAACCUUUCAGGAUGACUUUUAGAUUGUCAUGUAUUUUCAGAGCCCCUUACUGCACAGGCAAGAUAUGUUUACAAAAUCAAUCCUUCUCCAGGAUUUGAACUCAGAUCCGUUAGUGUCCCUAACCACAAUAUCGGUGGCUCUUUGUUUACACAAUAAAUGUUAGAGUAUUGGAAAAUUUCCAUCACAAUGGA